UCACAGCCCCUCAUUCCCACCCAAAAACCCUCAUAAAACUCUCCAAAGCCACCAUCCCAUCGUGAUUACGAUAAUAUAGUCUUCUCUCAGAAACCCUUCCCUUCUCUCUCACUCUCACUUUCUCUCUCUAAAACCCUCAAACCCGUUUCUGUUUUCUCUCUCUAGAAAUGGUGCCACUUGACCCAGCGUCCUGUCUCGUCGACGACCUCCGUAACUUCUUGUCCGACGUGGGCGACCACGACGGCCGGCCCGAUGAUCCUAGCCGUCCGUUAAUCGCAACUGAGGAAGCAGAAGAAGAGCUGGAAUGGAUAUCGAACAAGGACGCGUUCCCGGCGGUGGAAACGUUCAUUCUCUCGGAGCAGGUGGGCGGCAUUGCGAUUGCCAAGCACCAGAGCCCUGUCUCGGUGCUGGAGAACAGCACAAACAGCAGCAGCGCCUCCCUCAUGAGCUCGUGUGGGGGGCUAAAGCCGCCCCACCGAGCGCGAACCAAAGGCCGCCGCAGGCGGAGUGAAAUUCCUGCGCAGCAGCUAUUUUGGAACCAACCGAUUGAGAGCAAACCCAGCAGGAGUCACAGUGCCAGUGUCAGUGCCAGCAAGCUGGAUAUUGGGAGAAAGUGCCUGCAUUGCGGGACUGAUCAGACACCGCAAUGGCGGGCGGGUCCCGUUGGACCCAAAACCUUGUGUAAUGCCUGUGGGGUGAGGUACAAGUCAGGGCGGCUUUGCCCCGAGUACCGCCCUGCGAGUAGCCCGACGUUCUCGAACGAGAUGCAUUCGAACUCCCACAGGAAGGUAUUGGAGAUGAGGAAGCAAAAGUAUGGAAUGGGGAUGGUUGUGAAGCCUGAGGAUACAGGUUAGGCUCUUGUGGAAUAGUCAUUUUGCUUGUUUAGUUUUUACUGCUAAUUUUAGUGUAGUUUAGGAGAUAGUAGGAUUGUUGUAGUGGUGGGGGGUUAGUGUUACUUAGAUUGUUAGAAGAAGUUCUUUGUUUUGUUGAAUAGAUCACAGCUAGGGGGAUUUUGAAGUUAUUGUGUUUGGUUAUUCUGCAGACUUUUUUAUUUUUUUGGUUAUUCUGUAGACUUAAACAGUAUUUUUGGGGUUUUGCCAAUUUUUAAUUC